UGAACAGGAGGUGGGAGUUUGACUUCACCCACAGUCCAGUUGUACAUUGUUGUCGUUUCAACAACCAUGCACAACUUCAUGUAAAUACCUUUCCCAGACGUGAAGGAGUCAGUGAAAAGAGAGAGGGAGGGAUGGAGGAAGACUGAUGACAGCCUGCAGCCCCCAGUUUCCCCUCUGCUGUUGCUACAGUUAGGUGCGAGGAAGCAAAGGCAGAGCAUUCCGUCGCGUCUUAGAUUGGAAGGAGGGAGAGAGCGAGCAGAAAGCUGUGCACGCGUUAUGGUGCAAAGCAAGUCCAGUCAGCGGGUAUGAGUCCAGUGUGAGCAACUGCGUCUCUCCUUUGCCGGGAACUGCCUCACUAACAGAGGCUGUCAGAGGCACAUGAGGAUGGAAGGAGGAAGGAGGGAGGUGCCCCCAUUGUCUAAAUCAAGGAGUGCAACAGAGCAUGUUGUGACAGCCAUGUCUCUGGAGAUGGAAAAGACCAUCACCAAGCUGCUGUACGACUUCCAGAGGAACUCGACCUCUGAUGACGACUCUGGUUGCGCUUUGGAGGAAUACGCAUGGGUCCCCCCCGGCCUCAGUCCGGAACAAGUGCAUCAGUAUUACAAUUCCUUACCUGAAGAGAAGGUGCCAUACAUUAACAGCCCUGGUGAGAAAUACCGUAUCAAACAACUGCUUCAUCAAUUGCCACCGCACGACAAUGAGGUGCGCUAUUGUAACUCCCUGGAUGAGGAAGAAAAAAGAGAACUUAAACUGUUCAGCAACCAACGCAAGAAGGACAACCUGGGCAGAGGCACUGUCCGUCCUUUCCCACUGACCAUUAAUGGGGCCAUUUGUGAAAAGUGCGGUGGUCAGAUAAAAGGAGGCGACAUUGUGGUGUUUGCCGCCAGGGCGACACACGGAAAGUGGUGGCACCCAAAUUGCUUUGUAUGCUGUAUGUGUGAGGAAAUGUUGGUGGAUCUCAUCUACUUCUACCAGGAUGGCAAGCUCUACUGUGGCCGGCACCACGCCGAGCGACUGAAGCCACGCUGCUGCGCCUGCGAUGAGAUCAUCUUUGCUGAUGAGUGCACUGAGGCAGAGGGCCGACACUGGCACAUGAAGCACUUCUGCUGCUUCGAAUGUGAGACCACCCUCGGUGGCCAACGCUACAUAAUGAAGGAUGGACGGCCACACUGCUGCAACUGCUUCGAAUCUCUUUAUGCAGAGUACUGUGAUGCAUGUGGAGAACAUAUAGGCAUUGACCAAGGCCAGAUGACCUACGAUGGACAGCACUGGCACGCCACUGAAGAAUGUUUUUGUUGUGCUCAUUGCAAGCAUUCUCUGCUUGGCCGUCCCUUUCUGCCAAAGCAGGGACAGAUCUUUUGCUCACGGUCCUGCAGCGCUGGACAGGACCCAGAUGAGUCCGAUUCGUCAGACUCUGCUUUCCAGAGCGCCCGAUCUCGUGAGUCUCGACACAGCACCAAGAUCGGUAAAAAGGAGCGCAGAAAUGCUGAGCAGGAGCGGAGGAGCUUAGAUGCCCGCCAAUCAGCUCCACCCCCGAUGCCUGACCGACUGUCAUCUGAAAUUGAUCCACUGACUGUUCAGAUGGACCGUUUAAGUGUAUCAGCUAGCCAGACUCCAAGCAGGACACCUAACCGCACUCCCAGCCGUACUCCUAGCCGCACUCCAAGUCGUGCUCCAAGCCUUAACCAGGUGUGGAUGAGCCGAGAUGACCCUUAUGUCCCUGGUUCCUUUGAUGCCACCCAGCGAGAAUCUUCUCCUACACAGCCAUCUCUUCAUCUUCUGGGUCCCUGUAACGCCAGACAAGUCUACAAUCCCAAUUCAAAUGUUCAUGCUCCAGCCCAGAGCCCUGUAAACCCAGGAAAAAGGCCUGAUUCCUGGGGUAAAGAACAAGGCAAUGCAAAGAGGACGCCCAUGGCUGCCCUAAGGGGACACUCUUUCAAUGAUAACUGGAUCCACCACGGCCAAGAUGAGUUUAGGCCCAAUAAGUUACGCACACAAAUGAGUUUCAAUGAGAUGUCAAGCCAGAACCAAGGAUUUUCUGACAAGAGGAGCAUUAGCCUGCAUGGAUUCCAGCGAGACGGCAGGCCCCCACUCACCCGAAGGAACCCCAUCAACGCCAUGAGCUUCAAUGAGCCGCUGACUCCACUUGAACAGACACCUCGUGGCUCCACGGACUCCCUGACUGUGUCAAAUGCUACAGGCAACUCUCUCGAUGGGGUCAGCAAGCGUCAGGAGAAUUUGUCCAGGUUCUCCAUGCCUGACUUGAGCAAGGAUUCAGGUGUAAAUGUAUCUGAAAAGAGUAAUAUGGGAACACUGAGCUCCUCAGUCCAGUUCCACAGCACAGAGUCUUUGUCCUCCUCUCGUCUCUUUAACAACAACUUGUACACUCCACACAGAGUGGGAUACCCACUGCAGUACUGGGAUGGACCGCAGCCACUUGGUUUUGAUAGCAAAGGUCGUGUCGGUGUAAUGGGCAGCAGCGGUAACUUACGGAUGGCACCCAUGAGUGACAGAAUGCCCCGUCGACUUAUUAACGGGCAGGAAGUUGCAUCCCAGAAACAACAGCCCCAACCAAGACGUCGCAAACACCAUCGGGGAACCGGGCAACACCGCAGCGGCCGCCACCACAAACGCUCCCGUCGAUCUCGCUCUGACAACGCCCUGCACCUGGUGGCGGACCGACCUACUCAAAUGGUGGAGCUGCCGUACCAUCGCGUCCAGGAGGAUUACGAUCGCUUCCCCUCUGGCCACGCCUCCCGGGAGUUGUUUGGGCUGGAGCCAGGUGGAUGCCGACAGCAAGCCCACCGUCCAUGUCCCCGCACCACUUCUGAUCUCACACUCCAAAAUGCUGGCUGGCAACCCACCGGGUUGGGCGGACCAUGCUGGGGAGAUGCAUACAUGGAAGCUGCCGACCCGUGGUGCUCCAGCUGCUCCUCUUCCUCUGAAUCUGUGGAGAACGAGGGCUAUUUCAUGGGCGAACCAAUUCCUCGGCCCGUUCAGCUGUGCUACAUCAACAACGAGGAGCUACGACAUCGCUACAGCCCCUCUGGAAUGGCUGGCCACCACGCACCUCUGCACGGCCCUAUUCCUGCCCAGCUGCAUGCCCGUCAGAGGAGGAAGAGCAAAAACUGUAUUAUAUCAUAAAUUCUGAAAUUUAAAAAAAAAACAUUAUCGGCAUGGGAAAUAGGGAGGUGAACGAGAUGAGAGAGACAGGUGAGGAGACGAGAAAAGCAACAAAGAGUGGGUAGCUAAGUGUGAGAUAGUGACAGAUAAUAGUGUGUGUGUGUAGGGGUGGACAUAAAGAGACAUGAGGCCUAUUUUUCAUGCUAUGAAGUUACACAACUCGGGUAGUGUUUGUGUACACCUACACAGAAUGAUCUAACUACAAGAGGAAGUUCAGUUGUCUUACACAACACAAAACAAAAGGAAUGUUUACACCUUUGGAUGCGAACCUUCUGAUUGUACUGAGAAGAAACACUGCUCAGUUUGAGUUCUAAAUAUGAAAAUGGUCACGGUAAGUAAGACUAAUGUGCGUGUUUGUGCGUGUGUCCAUGUUUUAGGAUGAUCGGACAAUCCCGUCACAGGUCAAAAAGGAACUAGAAUGAUACCGCAGAUCAGUCUCUCUUUGACGUUAGCGUAUCAAUGUGGACAACGCAGAUGUUGUCUCGGGCUAGUGAAAGCAACGUGCUUGAUUCCAAGUGGUGUUUUUGUUUUACCUCAGCGGGAUCCAGAUACUGCUGGAAUGGAGUAUUAGCUAGCUAGCCAUGUUAGCACCUUGUACAAAUAGUCUGUUGAACCAUGUGCUCUACAUAGCCAACUUUCCACGCUUUCCAAGGACAGAGCGCUAGGGGGCCUCUGCUCCUUGACCAUUCAGGCACAGUAACGUCAGGUAUGGUCCUGUUUUCUCUUCUGCAACAUGCUUUGUUUUUUUUUUUGUUUUUUUUUUUUGGGGGGAGUAAUCAUAGACAAGUAUGAAUAAAGAUAAUAACCCUAACAAUAGAGGAAUAAUAACAAAUAACGCAAAUAAUAAUCUUAUGGAAAUUAAGAAGGAUACCUAUUAAAUGUUUAUAUAGUAAUACAAAUAUUAACGCAAUGGAUAUAUAGUAAUGUAAAUGUCAUGUACAUAUGGUCUUAAAUAUCUCUAUAUUUUGUAACUAAAGAAUCAUUAUUUGUACAAUAUCGUGUACUGAUAGGGAUACUUGCAUGUUGUUUUGUUGUUGUCGCAUAUUUAAAAUAAAGUGUGCUUCUAUGAACAACCAAUAACGCAGUUUUCAUACUGAAGUUGUGUGCGUGUGUGUGUGACUACCCUCAGACCCACAGCGACAAAUUUUGAAAUACGGUCAACGUUUUAACAAUAUUUACUGAAAGGUUGAAGACAAAUUCCAGUAACAAAUUGCUUGUCGUCAAUCAAAAUCAAAAGGGGUCUUUGUUUUAAAGGUCUGGAGUUCAAGAUUUUCUUCUCAAACUCAGUGCUGUACUCAACCAUGAAGCCACACAUUUUAGAAAUUGGUUGUUGUCAGGAAGUUUUCAGGUGUUGUUUACUUUGUUCAGAUCUAAGUACUUUAUAUAAGAAGGGGGAACAAAUUACAACCACAACAAUAAAAAUGAUUAUAACAGUGGUUCUUAACCUUGCUAAAGUUACCGAACCCCACAAGUUUCACAUGUGGAUUCACCAAACCCUUCGGAACUAGCUAAUAAAGCAUUCUUUUUUUCAAAUUCAAAACCAAUUAUCUAAGCUAGCAAGCUAAUAAUUUAGCAAAUUCCCGAUCAAAAUUCUUCUCAUUUUGACAGCAUGUUUUAUAAACAAGUCAAAAUUUGAGACUACGCUGCUCAUUGGUCUGUUGUAUCACAUCAUACCAAGUGCGAGUUGACCUUCCACUGAGAAAACCAGUUCCUCAUCUCAUCAGGUCGAAAACUAGCAGUUAAAAGAAAUGGAUUAAGCCUGUAAAUUGGCAGCAAAACAGUCCAAAAUCUGGUCUAUAAAGCCACUUUGCCUAGAUUUAAUCAGCGUAUGAAAAUAGGGCUCUGCGUUUCUUUACCUUCGCCGAACCCCUGGGGUUCGAUCGAACCCAGGUUAAGAACCACUGGAUUAGAAUAUCUAUUAGACUGGUGUUACACAAAAUUGAGCAUCUUAAUUUUUGUAACAAUGUUUUUUUUUUUUGCAACUGUUUAGGUGUGUCAGGUUGCUUAAUGGCUUUUGACACAAUCGGCAUCCGGAUGGGUGCACUAUCGGGGUAGUGUUUGGGUACUGUUAAUCAUAUGACAUGCAAACAUUAUCAUCGCUUUAAUGCAUGGAUGAAGGCAGCAAAAAUGACAGGCGGCAUACUUGAUCACCUGGAAAAAGAUUCUUUUUGCUUGAACCCAGAGGAAUCCAAGAAGACAGACAGCAUCUUUUUCCCAGAGAGUGAGAAUCAUUGCCUACCUCUCUAGAUGUUUCCAUGGCAUCCAUGCAGCGAGUGCAUAUUCACUUACAGCGGCAACUAAAUUGCGAGCUUGAGCUGGUGUUGUUUGCGGACAGGUUGUGAUCUAUCUACUCCGCAUGUUACCAUUUGGGCUCGGUUGCCCUGCAACUGUGAAGAAGUGAAAAGGAGGCCAUCUUGCGUACUGAGUGGGUGGAUAUACACAGACGAACAAUAACAAGCCCAAGAAAUGUUAUCCCUUGCAAUGGUGUUGGUUUUAAAGCAUGUGUGUGUGAUCUUAACAAAAUGCACCAGCAAAAAAUAAAGGGUAACACUUUAUAAUAACUAUCCGUUUUACUAGUUAAUAGAUCAUUAGUAAACUGUUGAUAAAUGAUUUAUUGUUGAUUUGUGAAGUAUUUGUUAACAGUUUGUUAAGCAUUUACAGGGUGUUCCAAUAUGGUUGACCCCAUUCUAAAUGCCCAUGCUAGUUGAUGGAUCUAAAUAAAACUAUAUACACUUUAUGUUGAAGGUCAUAAGUUUUACUGGUUAAAUAUACAAAGAAAAGUACAAAUGUUUGUUGGUUGUACGGCAGAUUUUCAUAAAUGUGCAACAUGAGCGCUGCCUGCAAAAUGCUUUAUCAAAAUGCCUUUUCUUUUGAAGUGAACGGCAUUUCUUAACCUAAAAAGAUAGAGAUGCCAAACGUUACACACAAAAACUUGAAACGUUUCUACACAAACUGUGUUUCAUGUUAAGAACACUCUGUAAAUGCUUAACAAACUGUUAACAAAUAUUUCACAAAUCAACAAUAAAUCAUUUAUCAACAGUUUACAAAUGAUCUAUUAACUAGUAAAACGGAUAGGUAUUAUAAAGUGUUACCAAAUAAAAGUCUUUCAAAGGAUACCAAGCAAGAGCAAAUGACCAUAUGGUGUGAAGUAGAAUUCUACUCUUCUCAAUGCAGUGUUGUGAGUGCAUGAUUCUGAAUUUGCAUAUGAUUAUUGCACACAAGUCUACAAUGGUGCAUGGGGAAUAGAACCAGAUAGGAACCAUAUUGUGCUGAUUUUAGUGUAGAAAAAUAUACUGUUGUCUACACUGUGGUGCCUUAUGAGUUUAAAAGGGUGAGAAGCGAUGAACUAAAUUUACAGAACUAAAACCCUUAAGCCACUGAUAGUUGAAUCCAAAGGUGAGGCAACACGUGGGGACGGAUAAUACAAACAGUACUCACAGACAUAUAUUCUUUAUCUUCUGUAAUAUAAAUAAACUACCAAUACUACUGGCUUGUACAGAAUUGUCCUAAAUUUUUUACAUUUUACAUUUCUUUUAAUUGUCAUUACUGAGGUUUUGAUUUAGGAAAGGCUGUAACGGAUUAAUGGCUGUGCUCAUAUGUUCAUCUUGCUUUCCUGUGUGCCUCUACAAACUAGAAAACCAUUUCUAAAUGUUUUUAUUUCUACCAUUGCAUGGCUAUCUUGAUACAACCUUGAUUUUCUUCCAAUGUCAAAGAAGUUACUUGUCCAAAUAAGAGGGAACCCCCUCAGGAUUAAAAAUAAUAAUAAUAAAAAUAUCCACAUGAUGAAGGUGACCAAAAAAGUGAUUUAUGUCUCAGAGCAUUUUCUAAUUUCUUGCCUGUCAAUCUUACUGUUUGUGUUGAUCUGUUCAUAACUGUAACGUUCCCCAAAAGGGUGUCUGGAGAUUAUACACAACCUCACCCAUCUCUCUUCGCCUUUCGUGCUUGCAUUUGAAGGGGUCUUUGGUUUCUCCUGCUGUAUUCGGCGCCUUUGUUUUGCCGCUCUCGCUGUGAUCUCGCCUUCCCGGCUUUGGUUUGCGGCUGCUUUGAGGAACCUGCAAAAGAAAAUGGUACAAAACAGUUGGACCGUUUCAAUGAGACAGUUGGCUGGAGAGGGAUAAUGAUGAGCUGGUAAUGACUCAAAGAUGAUGGAAGUGAGGCACCACAUGUCGACUUGAAACAACGCUCCAGUGAAUUCUGAGAUUGUUUGAUGGCACAUUUUGUUCAAAACACGUCAAAAGAAAAUAAGACACAUGGCUAUCAUGAGGCUUAAAUGUCGACUCGACGUGAGAGGUAUUCAGCCGCUAUUCCCUCAAAUAAAAAAUAUUACAACCAUUACGAUACUAUUGUUUUUAAUAUGUUCAUAAUGUUUACUAUCCUGUCUAUAAACUCAAUGCCUGUCAUUGACAACAACAGACUUGAAUCCUCAUCUUUCAGUGCCGUAGAUGGUGCUAGACGUCGUUUCAGUCAAAGUGGAUUGGACUACCAGUGCCAUUGAUGGCAACCAAUGAUAUAAAAGUACAGCAGAUAAAGGUUUAAAUUAGGGCUGUCAAACGAUUUAAAUUUUUAAUCGAGUUAAUCACAGCUUAAAAAUUAAUUAAUCGCAAUUCAAACCAUCUAUAAAAUGUGCCAUAUUUUUCUGUAAAUUAUUGUUGGAAUGGAAAGAUAAGACACAAGAUGGAUAAACACUCACCGGCCACUUUAUUAGGUACACCAUGCUAGUAAUGGGUUGGAACCCCUUUUGCCUUCAGAACUGCCUCAAUUCUUCGUGGCAUAGAUUCAACAAGGUGCUGGAAGCAUUCCUCAGAGAGUUUGGUCCAUAUUGACA